AUGGACAGGUCCACCGCGCCCGCAGACCCAGAAAAGUCGGACCCGAUCCCCUACGAGUGCUCUUCCUCCGCCCGCCAAUCCCUAGACCGCAUCCCCUCCCAGCAGCGCGACACCGAGGCCAACAUCUACCCAGAACCCGCCAACGUCGUCGAGGCCGAUCUUGAAAAGGGCGGCUUGACGCACGCGACAACUGAUGGUGCCAAGACCAAUGCCCCGGCCGGUGGCGAUGCGGCGACACCGCCCGCUGCCGGCCCGCCGCCGGGAAUGAGCCCCGCUGACUUUCCCGAUGGCGGCGCCCAGGCUUGGCUUGUCGUCUUUGGAGGGUGGUGCGCGUUGUUCUGCACGUUUGGGUUGAUCAACUGCGUCGGCGUCUUCCAGGCGUAUUAUGUGUCGGGUCCCCUCAGCGCGUACCCUUCGUCGACUGUCGCGUGGAUCACCAGUCUGCAGGUCUGGGCGAUGACCUUUAUGGGCGUUAUCUUUGGCCGUGCGUAUGACACGUUCGGGCCCAAGUACCUCCUCUACUGCGGCACAGUCGUAUACGUCUUUGGUCUGAUGAUGACCUCGCUGUCGACGCAGUACUACCAAUUCAUCCUCGCCCAGAGUCUCGUCUCGUCCAUCGGCUCGAGCGCGUGCUUCAACGCCUGUAUGUUAUCCGUGACCUCAUGGUUCUUCAAAAGACGCGCAGCCGCGUUCGGCAUCAUGGUGUCCGGUUCAUCGCUUGGCGGCGUCAUCCUGCCCAUCAUGAUGUCCAAGAUGAUUCCCUCCGUCGGCUUCCCAUGGGCCAUCCGCGCUGUGGCGUUCCUGUUCCUGUUCUUGCUCGGUAUUUCGUGCCUCACAGUGAAGUCGCGGUUGCCGCCUCGCCCGCGACCGUUCGUGUUCAAGGAGUACGUUGGUGGCCUGCGCGAGCCGCCCAUGGCUAUCACCGUGUGCGCGUUUUUUCUCUUCUUUCUCGGCAUGUUCUUGCCUUUCAACUUUGUCAUUCUCCAGGCGCGUGCGCAAGGCAUGGAUGAGAACCUUGUCAUUUACCUUUUGCCCAUCAUGAACGCCGUUAGCAUCCUCGGUCGCAUCAUCCCCGGCAUCGUCGCCGACAAAGUCGGUCGGUACAACGUAAUGAUCUGCAUCACCUUCAUCAGCGCAAUCUUCUGUCUCGGCCUCUGGAUCCCGGGCAAGAGCAACGCCGCCAUCAUCGUCUUCCUCGUCAUCUUCGGCUUCUCCUCUGGCGGCUUCAUCUCACUUGGCCCAGCCUGCAUUGCCCAAAUUUCCGACAUUCGACAAAUCGGUGUUCGCACGGGCACCGCCUUCGCCGUUCAGUCCUUUGGUGCGUUAGCUGGCAGUCCUAUUGCCGGCGCCAUUGUUGCGUCGCAAGGAGGCAGCACGUAUCUUGGGCUUCAGCUGUUCUGUGGCUUCUCGAUGUUGGCGGCGGUUGGUGUUUUCAUCGCGGCGAGGACUGUGCAGGUAGGGUUCAACCUGAAGAAGGUUGUUUGA